GGUCACUGCUCGCACGCAGGGCAUUUCCUCUGGCGCCUUGUCCCUCACUUGAGUUGGCCCGUCUUGACCUUUCUUGCGACUUCAUCAAGCUCCAUCAAAACGUUCCUCUCAACUCGACUUCGACUCAAGAUUCGCACCCACGAUGUCGGCCCAAGUAGCGAACCAGCGGAAACAGCAAGAUCUGCAAACGCAGUAUGGCAUUUACAAGAACACCUUGCAGCAGAUUGCUCAGAAGAUCGGCGACGUCGAGCAAGAAGCCGAGGAACACAAGCUCGUGCUGGAGACGUUGCAGCCGCUGUCGGAUGAUCGCAAGUGUUUCCGCCUGAUUAACGGGGUACUGAUGGAGCAGACGGUCAAGGACGUCAUGCCUGCCCUAACGACAAACUCGGAAGGUCUGAAGAAGGUCCUUGAGGAUCUCGUCAAGCAGUACAAGGCCAAGCAGGAAGAGUUGGAGAAAUGGAAGAAGAAGAACAAUGUCCAAGUCGUCCAGAACUAAGGUGGGGAAGACCGGUUCUCAGAUAUGGACUUGAUGGAGGGAACCUGGCCUUGCGCCUGGUCUCGUGUCCUUGAUGACGCUCUUCUCAGGUUUGUCUUUUGACCGCGGAGCCCACACCGUGUCGUAUCGGGCAGCGAGGAGCAUGGAAGAUUUCUCGCUGUUUCCCCAGUACCUAGUGGAAGGGCAUUCCCACGCGUCUGUUUGGGGAGUGAAAUGAGACAUUCGAGGACGUCACUGCAACUUCGGUGAUGUGAAAACGAGGCGACGUCGCAUAUACCCGUGGACGAUGGAGCACAAACAGACAGACAACUCAGCAAUGCGCCUGGCAAUAAAGGCCUUGCUGAUGGUGUAGUGUUAGUGAUAGCAAUGCGUUGUCCGGCGCCAUAUGCGUAGCAAUGCAAGACGCAAUAGAUGCCGGCGGCAACAACCUUUCAGUGCCCGACAGGAUCGCACUGCGAAGUAGUCAGAUCAACACACC